ACUGGUUUCUUUUUUGUCUCAUCAUUCCUUUUACAAGUGCCCGUUUGACCGAACGUCUGAGUGUCGACACGGUGAAAAAGUGAAUAGAAUAGAAGGAAAAAGUGAAGUAGCGAUUAUACGGUUUAUAUUUUAGUACAUUUAACUCCAAAACACAAAGAUGUCUAAAGCUCCUGCUGUUGGUAUUGAUUUGGGCACGACCUACUCUUGCGUGGGUGUGUUCCAACAUGGCAAAGUUGAGAUUAUUGCCAACGAUCAGGGUAAUCGUACAACACCAUCCUAUGUUGCCUUCACGGAGACAGAGCGUUUGAUUGGUGAUGCUGCCAAAAACCAGGUGGCGAUGAACCCAACCCAAACAAUCUUCGAUGCCAAGCGUCUCAUUGGUCGCAAGUUUGACGAUUCGGCUGUGCAGUCGGAUAUGAAGCACUGGCCUUUCGAGGUGGUCAGCGUUGAUGGCAAGCCAAAGAUUGAGGUUACAUACAAAGAUGAAAAGAAGACCUUCUUCCCCGAGGAGAUCUCCUCCAUGGUUCUUACCAAGAUGAAGGAGACUGCCGAGGCUUACCUGGGCAAGACGGUGACCAAUGCCGUCAUCACUGUGCCUGCUUACUUCAACGAUUCACAGCGUCAGGCGACCAAGGAUGCUGGUACCAUCGCCGGUUUAAAUGUGUUGCGUAUUAUAAACGAGCCUACGGCCGCUGCCAUUGCUUAUGGUCUGGAUAAGAAGGCUGUUGGCGAGCGUAAUGUGCUCAUUUUCGAUUUGGGCGGUGGUACUUUUGAUGUCUCCAUUCUGUCUAUUGAUGACGGCAUCUUCGAGGUCAAAUCCACGGCGGGAGACACCCAUUUGGGUGGCGAGGAUUUCGAUAACCGUCUGGUCACGCACUUUGUACAAGAGUUCAAGCGCAAACACAAGAAGGACUUGACCACCAACAAGCGUGCAUUGCGUCGUCUGCGCACUGCCUGCGAACGCGCAAAGCGUACUCUCUCUUCGUCCACUCAGGCUAGCAUUGAGAUUGACUCUUUGUUCGAGGGUACCGAUUUCUACACUUCGAUCACUCGUGCACGCUUCGAGGAACUGAAUGCUGAUUUGUUCCGCAGCACUAUGGACCCCGUGGAAAAGGCUCUUCGUGAUGCCAAGCUGGACAAGUCUGCCAUUCACGAUAUUGUGUUGGUCGGCGGCUCCACUCGUAUCCCCAAGGUGCAACGUCUCCUGCAAGACCUGUUCAAUGGCAAGGAAUUGAACAAGUCUAUUAAUCCCGACGAGGCUGUGGCUUAUGGUGCCGCUGUGCAGGCUGCCAUUCUGCAUGGUGACAAAUCUCAGGAAGUGCAGGAUCUUUUGCUGCUCGAUGUUACGCCCCUCUCCCUGGGUAUCGAAACGGCCGGUGGUGUGAUGAGUGUGCUUAUCAAGCGCAACACCACCAUCCCAACCAAGCAGACGCAGACAUUCACCACCUACUCCGACAAUCAGCCUGGUGUGUUGAUUCAGGUGUACGAGGGUGAGCGUGCGAUGACAAAGGAUAACAAUCUCUUGGGCAAGUUCGAGCUGUCGGGCAUUCCUCCAGCACCACGUGGUGUACCCCAAAUUGAGGUAACUUUCGAUAUUGACGCCAACGGUAUUUUGAAUGUCACCGCAUUGGAGCGUUCGACCAACAAGGAGAACAAAAUCACAAUUACCAACGACAAAGGUCGUCUUUCUAAGGAGGACAUUGAGCGUAUGGUUAAUGAAGCCGAGAAAUACCGCAACGAGGACGAGAAACAGAAGGAGACCAUUGCUGCCAAGAACGGUCUGGAGUCUUAUUGCUUCAACAUGAAGGCUACCCUCGAUGAGGAUAAUCUGAAGACCAAGAUCUCGGAUUCGGAUCGCACAACGAUUUUGGACAAGUGCAACGAGACCAUCAAGUGGCUCGAUGCAAACCAGCUGGCUGAUAAGGAGGAAUACGAGCACCGCCAGAAGGAACUGGAGGGCGUUUGCAACCCGAUCAUUACCAAGCUCUACCAGAGCGGUGGUGGUGCCCCAGGUGGUAUGCCUGGUGGUAUGCCCGGUGGUAUGCCCGGUGGCAUGCCAGGAGCCCCUGGCGCCAGUGCCGGCGGUGCUGGACCCACCAUCGAAGAAGUCGACUAAAGAGAACACAGCACAGAACACAUAAAAAACAAUUCAUAAAUAGUCUUGCAUUCUAAAUCAGAAAUUCAAAUACAAAAGUACACUGUAAUAAGAAACGACAAUUGCUCUUAAAACGUUAUACUAUAUUAUGUAUACUUAUAAUAACAGACACUGCUCUUCAUAAUAUAUUAAUAAAAAUAUGUAUUAUCAUCGAUCGAUCAUCAAAAA